UCGAUUUCCCAACACUGGCUUUGAUUGGUUUUUGUUUAUUCGAUAUAUACAGCGUGCGCUCGUUCGUAAUAAAUAAAAUAAUGUAACCCGAAGUAAUGUAACCGUUACCACUCGCUACGAUACACCCCCUUCACUCACUGUGCAAAGUUCCCGCGGAAAAAAAGGAAAACAAAAACAGCUCAAUUGUACUGAAACCCACUCCACAUACCUUGUAUGUAUGUACUUGGCUUACACAAAUGCUGUAUUUGCACAAAACCUUGUGAUAUUGAGGUCAAGAUCUGAGGAGAAAAGUCCCUCUCCCGAUUUACCCGGAAAUUCUCCAUCAUCGUCCCUGAGCAUUGUGGCCACCUGUUCGAUGGUUCAAGGAGCCUCGAACAGCGAAAGAGCGUCCUCUGAUGACUUGGCCAUCGUUUCGGAGACAGCCACAUUGCCAGCCACACCUGUGAGCACCAACUCACCGAUCCUGAAUAGUCCCAUCUCCGAGACAGCAUCAGCAUCCACCCGAGUCAUGACAUCUCCUAACGUCAUCACCACCGUUGUAAUACAGGACUUGCACAACUUUAUGAGUCCUGAUGACCUACCGAAGGUGCCCGCCUCGACGGCACAGGAUACCGAGGUGGUGCUAAAUAGCUCGGCGGGAACCACAGCUUCGAUAGCUACCACAUCUUCUUCCACACACAAGCCCGGAUCGCCACGCGCUUCCCAUUCUCAGCAGACCACGCCUCAAAAGAGUAGAUAUAAGAAUCACAACAAUAACCAGGAGGAUAUCAACUCUAUCGAAAGCAUUUCCAGCUUCCCAAGGUUUCAGGGAAACGCCGCUGAUUUUGAUUGGAUUGACGAGAUGGUGCAACAACGAAACUGCAAUGAACUAAUGCAUAAGAAUAAGAGAAAGAAGUCAAAGAAGGUCGAGGGCCUGGAAGCCGAUCAACUGGACGGAAAAAUCUUUGGCUACGAUAAUGACAAGGCUAAAUUAAAUGGCAAGGAUGAUGGCGACAAUGACGAAAAGGUUGUCAAAUGUUUGUACUACUCACUCAUGUGUUGCGAUUGUACUAUAUCGUAAAUGGAUCGUACGAACGAGUCCGCGUCCAUGUAAAAUACCUCUCAACCACCUAUGUAAAAAUAUAUAUUCGAUUUUGUAUACUUUA